AUGGCGUUGCAGCCAAUCAGAUCUUUAGGCUCUACGUUACAGUUGAAGAUAAGUAUUCUUUUCAAUGAGCCAGCGAAGACCUUGUCGGUUCCGAGGGAAAAAAGGGUGACCCAAAAUCAGUACCUGCUACAUGAGUAUCACCAGAGAUCUCUGGAGGAAUGGCUGCUGUAGGUACCUGGUCAUUUUCACUGCCCGCUGUAGAGAAAAUGAGGUAUUUAAUUGUACAAGGACAGCACUCCACUGAUUGUGUGGAACAGGCUAUGGCAGAUAUUGAGAAUGACAGGGAGACGGGCCGGUUCGUCGUGGGCAGAGGGGGCUACCCCAACAGCGAGGGGCUGGUUGAGUGUGACGCUGCGCUCAUGGAGGGGAUCGCGGGCCGCUUUGGUGCAGUGGCAGCCCUUCAGGGUGUGGGGACUCCAGUCAGAGUGGCCCGCAGAGUCAUGGAGCAGAGCUGUCACAGCCUGUUGGUCGGGGAAGGAGCCCUGGCGUUUGCCCUGGAGCAGGGUUUCACCGUGGAGGACAAUGAGAGCAUGCUGGCUCCAGAGACAGCCAGGGCCUAUCAGGAUUUUUUAGAAAAGAAGAAAAGUUUGUCUGGACACGACACAUUGGGUCUGAUCGCUUUGGAUCUUCAGGGAAACAUAACCGUAGGUGUGUCCACUUCAGGAGCUCCUUUUAAGUCCCCUGGGAGGGUUGGUGACUCUCCACUUCCUGGCUGUGGCCUGUAUGCUGAUGUCAUGGUUGGGGCUGCCACAGCAACAGGCGAUGGAGAUAAAAUUAUGUGCCACUGCCCCAGUUUUCAUGCGGUUCAACUGAUGAAACAGGGGUUAUCACCAGCAGAGGCUUGCCAGACUGUCCUCAGUGAUAUUGCCAGAAGAGUUGGAACAGAGAAGCUGUUUGAAAUGGGGUUGGUGGCGAUGAAUAUGAAGGGGGAAGUGGGAGCAGCUUCUUCAGUAAAAUUUCCAUAUACAUUCUGGCGUAAUGGAAGAGAAACUGUUGAGCAACAUGUUCAGCUCCCAACUUCACUGCAAACUGCUGGGGGAUCCUUUGAAUAGUGUGGAUUAACUGAAAAUAAGAAGCAAUUAUUGAUUGGAGAAAUGCUGCAGUAGGGUACUAUGCUUUACAAAUGCACCCCAGGAUUAUACUUCUUGUUUCCAGCACAUUGCCAAAUCGUAUUAAGGGAUUGUUUCUGGGCACCUUCUCUUAUCAUAACAUCAGUUUUAUGUGUUAAAACGUUUUGUGUGAAAUGUUUAAAUAUGGCUGAAAGCACACCAACACAUGGAAUAUGUUUAAUAAUUGUGAACCCCAAACCACUGUAGUAACAUGCUGUUCUACAUUUAAUUUAGGUAUUCUGUAACUCUAGGUAUUCAUGUAUUGUCUGGAACUUAAAAGAAUGAUAUAAAUAUGCAGUUAUUGUGCAUAACUGUAGUGUUUACAAAAUGCCUUGCUUAUGUCUUAAUAAACUGAAACAUCUACUAUAUAAUAACAAA